AUGGAGUUAGAUUUGGACGGGAACGGUCAAAUUGCCAAUAUAUCUGAGGGGACGUUUUGCCAAAGGUUGGAAAGGUCGAUGGUGGUAGAAGUGAGCAUUGUUGAUUUGGGAGGAUGUUUGGGACCUAAAAAUGGUGGGAGUGAGAUUGGCAUUUCGUCCCAUACCGCUGAUGUGGCGAUUCGUUCCUCGACGAUUGGUUUGGCAAAUCGUCCCCACCCCCGAGGUUUAUUUUAUUAA